AAACUUGCAGUGAUGAACCGAUUCGGUAGUCCGUAUUUAUCAUCGUUCGAAUGCGCUUGUAAUUUAUUAUUGUGCACUGAUAAAGUUUGUUGUGACAAAGCAUAGAAUGAACGUUGUUUUUCCCAAUCUGAAAAUGUAGAAUAUUCCAUCGCGUUGAAGCUGGUUCUGGUAUUUUUGUGUUUCGGAUUUGUUUUGUUGUGUUCCGUGUAGAUAUUUUGAGGUUGAAAAAUCUUUCAAGAACUUUUCCAAAGGACUAACGACGUUGUGGUAUCCUGUACCCCACUAUGCCGUAACGUAAUAUAUGGUUAUACCUGAGGAGAGAAAGAACAUUGAGUGUGGAGAGUACGGAGGGCGUGGAGAGAGAGAUGAAAAGGGACUUGGAAAAAGAAACGUGGACGUGAUCGGAGGUAGAAAAGUUACGGCGGAGUUGAAAUCUAAAUAAAGAAGUUCUGAAGUGUGAAUAAGUUGUUUUUACUGUUGCAUCCAGAUAUUACAAAUUGGCGACGAGCGAGAAAAGUGAAGAUUUCCUCUUGAGAACUGAAAGUAAACUCAUCAAAUAGUAGCUAUUUCAAACUAUUUGCAACAAUACCAUCAACUUUCUACGAUGGCGUCAACUUCGAAAAAGUGCUGCAAGUCCAUAGAAGAUCCGAUACCAUCGAAAAGGUUUAGAUCAUCUUUGGAUGCCGUUGCUAACAUAACUUCUGAAGCAUCGCCAGGAUCAGCUCGUGCAGAAUACGAAUGCUGUUUAAAUAACUCUGCGCACGGUUAUCAAUAUGAAAGCGACCUCUUCUCGGGUUUGUUCGCAAGAGCAUCGAUGCAAUCCAUCAACUUUAAAAUGGGCAUUGAAGUAUCCGCCGGUGAAAAGUUCGACGAUAUUGUAUUCGUGAAGGAAGACAACAAUGAAACGUUGUUGAUUCAAAUCAAACAUUUUGAAAACAUGAAACGAAUUUCGUCCAUAGAUCUUUUCAAGUCCGGGGAAAAAAAAGAUUUUAAUAUGGGCAUAUAUUUCAAAUCUUUCAUGCAUACAGAAAAAAACAUAAAUGGACAGAAGCGGUACUUCAUUUUCACCAACAAGGAUCUAGACAGAGAAGACGUGUUGUACUGGGGAACAUUCAAAACUCGUCAAGUCGACAGCUUGAUUGAUUUUACUGGCCAAGGAGGAAUGUACGAAGAAUUUGUGCCGAAAGAGACGGCAAUACAGGAAAUGGUUAGUAAAUUGAAUACUGAAUUCGAUGACUUAAAAAAUGGCCUCGUCGAACUUUUUGAUCCAAGGUGCAUAUUUAUUCCUGACAAACUACAAAAGCACAAAGCACCUUUGAAUGAAAUUAUUGAGAUAACCGGCAAUUAUGUUAAAUACCGCGAUAACGACGAAAAGCUGUACGAGGUAUUAGAUUCUUACUAUAAGUCCAAGAAUCAAGAUAUCAGAUGCAUUGAGAAACAUGUGAACAGAAUCAGAAAAAGCGAUGCAAAAGGAUCAAGAGAUAUCAAGACUCUCAUAAUGGGUGAUCGUAAAGCAUUGAAGCCUGUCUUUGUUACAGAAGAUGACGUAAAGAACUUUUUUAAACAGCUAACGUUUUGUACUAAGCAACCGGAAAAUUUUAAAAAUAUUUUAAGAGAAGAAAUCCGCAUAAAGAUGCGAUCGUGGAUUAUGCCAGACGAAAUCAGUAAACAGUUAAAAGACGGGACAUAUACUGCUAUGGGUAAACUUGAAGCAAAGCUUGACGAGUGGCAAGAGCCAAUCGAAGCAUUGGUGAGAGAACGAAAGACAGUGCCCUGGCUAACAUGGCAGGAUGGCAGAGAGGUUUUCGGAAUGCUGGAGAAACAUUUUUCACCCGUUAGAAACGAUUUCUAUAGGUCUUACGUUAACCGUUCUUUGAAAUUCGCCUACAUGAGUUUCGGAUGUUUGGGUUCCAUGAAUGUUGAAGAUUAUGAAUUAGUGCUCAAAAUGAAUAGAAUUUUCAAUGAACAAAAAUGUUUACUGAUACUUGGCAAGCCAGGAAUGGGAAAAACAGUUUUCUUGAAACAUAUUGCUUAUCAACUGCAAAUUAAGUACAACACUUGGAAUGUUUUCAUGAUCAGUUUAAAACAACUGCAGAAAAAUUUCCAAAAUACGACAAAAUGUCACACAGAAGAGUUUAUAAAUACAUUGUUUGAUUCUAUUCUGUCGGAAUACAAUAUAGAGAUUUUGACGACGAGCUCAAAUGAUAAUGUUACUAGAAACAUACUUUUGUUUGACGGGUUUGAUGAAAUUACUUCGACGCAAUCCAUGGCAGCCAUUGCAGUUUUAAAGAGACUGCUUGAUUUUAACAAUAUUCGAUUGAUUAUUAGUGGUAGACUUAACGUGAAACAGAUACUGGAAAUUUCAUUUGAAUCAAAGGCAAUGAAGUUGGCACCAUUAGAAUACGAUAAACAAGUUGCAGUUUUGAAGCUGAACUGGAAUGUUUCCAAUGACGAAGCUAAAAUGCAAAAAUUCGAGAUUUUCGCAAACAAACUGCUUGAAAUGUUCCACCCAAAAAUACUACUAGCCUCUUGCAUUAUCGAUUGGCCAUCUUUUUUCACUGGAAUUCCUCUUAUGGCUCACAUGUUGGCUAGAGCGUAUUCGACACGCUUCGAAAAAUUCCAGAAGUCCGAUAAAUCAGAGAUUAUCCACGAUCUACUCGCAGCAAAGAAUUGUAGCAUGGUCAGUUUGUAUGACCAGUUCUUGCGAUCAACGUUUAUGAUUAAAAUGGGCAAGAAAAACGAAUGCAAUGCAUAUUCCGAGAUCAAGCCUUUCGAUGAGGAAUGGCAAACACUGUAUGAAGAAUUCAUCCACGUUCAUCAAAUUCUGGCAAUCCAACAAUGCAACAUUGACGGGAUAAAUGCAUCCAUCGAUGAUACGCGCUACUUGCAGUUUAUGGAACGCAUCAACACUGGGAAAGAAACUUCCGUUAUAAUAAAUAAAUCUGACGAUACGACGGAAUUGAUUCAUUUGACGUACGCCGAAUACCUGGUAGCACUACAUUUGUAUGAAAAUCUACAUAGCUAUAGGGACAACCUUCAUAACAUCCUAGAGUGGAAUGAAACCGUUCGAAGAUUCGUUCUGACGAUUAUUGAGGAGAACUUACCUCGAAGCAACGCACAAUUGACGAAAUUGAUCGAAAUUAACAGCGAGAAAAGUGUGAUGACAUUCUGGGCAUGCGAAGCGGCUUGUAUCGAAAUCGUCAAAGCGUUACUUAAAAGUCGUGAUAUUACGAAGAUCUGCUUCGAAGGCUAUGGCUCUUUGCUUCACGAAGCGUCACGUGUUGGAUACUACGAAUUGGUAAUUUAUCUGAUCGACGAGUACAAGAUGAAUGUGAAUUAUAGAUACAUCGACCAAACAGCGCUUGAGUAUGCCGCCAAUUCCGGUCAUCUAGAGGUAGUGAAACUUCUUGCUUCGCGAAGCGAUUCCAGCAGCCAUAAACUGUUAUUCGUUAACCCUACUCUGUUAGUUAAAGAAAGUCGUACAGAAAUUGCCAAAUAUCUUAUAGAGCAAAAUAUUCUGUCUGAGUUCAGUUGCGAAAAACUACUUCUCGCUACUAUUUCCGAACACAGAGACCUGAGUUUAAUACGACUGCUAGUGGAUCGGAAAGCAGACAUCGAGUGUACUGAUGAUAAAGGCCAGAGACCACUUCACGUUGCGGCCAAGGUAGGCUAUAUUGAAUGCGUACAGCUACUCAUUGACCGAGGAGCCGACAUUAAUUCGGAAACAAAAAGCGGUAUGACUCCACUUUUAUUUGCGUUCGAAAUUAAAAAUCAUCAUUCCCGUAAAGCAUGUGUGGAGAAACUUAUGUCAUGCUCUACGAUUGACGUAAAAGAUAAAAACGGUUUCACCACUUUCCAUUAUGCAGCUAAGGUAGGUCUGACAGAGCUCAUAGAAACACUGCUCAAAUUUAACGUUGAUAUCAAUGGACAGUCGACAUUUGGGGAAUCGCCACUCCACAUUGCAGCGAAAAACAAUCAGGUUGAUUUUUUGAGAAAACUGUUGGAAAAGACCGAAACGAAAAAUGGUUUAAAGGAUAAUGACGGUUUAACAGCUCUGCAUUAUGCUGCCAAACAUGGAAAUCCAAAAUGUGUGAAUUUGUUAAUCGACUUUGGAGCUAACGUAAAUGCCUUGACAUAUGAAACUCGUAAAAUGCCAUUACACUCCGCAGUUGAUCUUACGUAUUCAUUCCGCAUUUCCCAAGUCGAACACGUAUCACGACUGGAAAUUGUGGAGCGUUUGCUCUUAUCCGGCUCGAGAAUCGUGGUGGAUAAGUAUGGUUGCACAGCCCUGCACUAUGCUGCACAAAACGGAUUAGUUGAUUGCCUAGAACCGCUACUCAAAAAGAGUGAAGAUGCCAAUGCUCGAUCGGAUUCAGGACAAACACCGUUGCACUUGGCAGCCAAAAGAAACCACAUCUCAUGCGUAAAAAAGCUGUUGAGCGUUGGUCAACCGGUUGAUGAGAAGGAUGAAAAUGGAUUUACAGCACUGCUUUCCGCAGCUUAUACUGGAUCCGAGUGUUGUAUGAAAUUGUUAAUGAAUGCUGGUGCUGAUGUAAAUGCCCAAACAAUUGAGGCGGAAACAGCUCUCCACUUGGCAUCGAGAAAAAAAAAAAAAAAAAAAAAUCUUACAAAUGUGUGAGAGAAUUGCUCAACAACGAUUUGUUUGAUGUAACAGUUGUGGAUAGUUCGGGAUAUACAGCACUUCACUGUAUCGCUCGAUGUGGCCUGGAAGGGUUUGUUAGCCGCAUAGUUAAACAAGGAAUUGAUGUCAACGCUAUUGAUGCUAUUGAUGGAAAGACAGCCCUACACUUUGCUGCCAGCCAAAGCUGCUACCUUGAGAUUGUAGAGGAGCUACUUUCCAUCGACGGAAUUCAGGUGAAUGUGGAGGAUAAGAGAAGGUAUACUCCUAUGCAGUAUGCUGCUCAAACUGGACAUAAAAAUUACCUUAAACUACUUCAAGAUCAAGGAGCAGAUAUAAAUGUACAAACUUUAGAUGGAAAAACAUUGUUGCACUUGUCUGUGAGAUGUAACAAUUUCGCGGUUGUUGAAGAGUUACUUAUUAUGGGAUGUAUCAACGUUAACGACAAGGACAACGCCGGAUUAUCAGCUCUUCAUUACGCAGCUGAAGAAAGACGAUUCGAGUGUUUACAAUUGCUGAUGAAACAUGGUGCUGACGUUAAUUCUAGAAAAAACGCUGGUCCCACUCCAGUGGAUAUGAUGUUUUUAGAUAGAAGGAUUUACGUAAAUCAAGAUGAUUGUUUAAAAGAACUACUGCUAUGUAGCACAAUAGAUGUGACGUUACAAGAUGAAAAUGGUUUCACAGCGCUUCAUCGUGCAUCAAAGUUUGGACUUGAAGAUUGCGUGAAGCAUUUGUUGGUGCGAGGUGCUGGCAUUAAUACUCAAGCAAAUAACGGACAAACAGCGUUUCACAUUGCAGCACAAGAAAAUCACCCAGAUUGUAUGAAACAAUUGCUGCGCAAUCAAU